AUUAAGUCAGAAGUUUUGCUUACCUCGACACGUGUAUGGAUGAAUGGAAUCUCUAACCUUGAAAAUUUGAAACAAUCUUAUUUCUACACGAAUAAUUGUUGCAUACUAUUUUGUGUAUUAAUUGCAAAAUGACUGAUCAAGCCAUUUCUUCAAAAUGUGAUUAUAAUUGUGAAAUGGAUGAAACAAGUGAUGAUGAUAGUGGUGAUAAUUGGGAUGAAAUAACGGAAGAUUUUGAAUCUAUACCGUGCCUUUUUUGUAAUGAAAUAUAUAAUAAUUUUUCUAUGGCAUUAGAACAUCUUGUAGCUUCACAUAGAUUUGACUUAAAAAGUUUCAUAAUCAAACAUUCAUUAGAUACUUAUUCAUAUAUUAAAUUAAUUAAUUUUAUUAGACAUAAAAAUGUUUUAUCUGACCAAUUAAAUGCAUUAAACAUAAAAACAUGGGAAAGCGAAGAAUAUUUAAGACCUGUUAUAGAAGAUGAUCCUUGGUUAAUGUUUGAUAUUGAAGAUAUGGAAGAAAAAACAACAAAACCUAUUGCAUAUACAGUAAAUUCAGAGAAUGGUUGUGUUACAUUAUCUGAAGCACAUUUUGCUGAAUUACAAAGAACAAUACAAACACUUAGAGCACAAUUAGAACAACGUGAAUUAGCAUGUUUUUUAGCAAAACAGCAAAUAGAUGAAAUGACAGAGAAAGCACAGAAAUUGGUCCUAGAUAGUGAUUUAGAUGAAAAUACUUUUAGUUCUUCUAGAAAUUCUAAUUGUAAUAUUGAUAAAGGUUAUUUUAAUACAUAUAGUCAUUUUGCUAUACAUCAUGAGAUGUUAACAGACAAAGUACGAACAGAAAGUUACAGAGAUGCAUUAUUAACAAAUGCGAAUAGAUUUAAUAAUUGUGUGAUAUUAGAUGUUGGUUGUGGAACUGGCAUUUUAUCUAUGUUUGCAGCAAAAACUGGAUGUCGUAAAGUAAUUAGUGUUGAUCAAUCAGAUGUAAUAUACCAUGCUAUAGAUAUAGUGAGAGAGAACAAUUUAAGUGAUAUUAUUACUAUAAAAAAAGGACGAUUGGAAGACAUUAAUCUUGAUGAAGAUAAAGUAGAUGCAAUUGUAUCUGAAUGGAUGGGAUAUUUUCUUCUAUUUGAGGGUAUGUUAGAUACCGUGAUAUAUGCAAGAGAUAAUUAUUUAACUCCUGGUGGAAUACUUCUUCCUAAUAAAUGUACACUUAGUAUUGUAGGAAGUGGAGAUACAAGAAGAUACGUCGAACUUAUUGAUUAUUGGUCUAAUGUGUAUGGUUUUAAAAUGAGUUGUAUGAAAGCCGAAGUUGUACGUGAACCAAGCAUAGAAAUUUGUAAUGCUGAGGAAUUAAUAACUAGCAUUGUAGAAAUUCAAGCAUUCGAUUUGUAUAAAGUAACGAAAGAUUGUGUAAAUUUUUCGUCACCUUUUGAAUUCAAAGUAAAAAAGACUGGAUCAUUGACUGCAAUUGUUGGUUAUUUUGAUAUUUUUUUUGAUUUGGACAAUCCAGUACAUUUUAGUACAGGACCUUAUUCGCCUCCAACACAUUGGAAACAAACAGUAUUUUCAUUGAGCGAACCUAUUAGCAUUACCGAAGGAGAAAUUUUAUGCGGUAAAUUAAUCUGUCGUAGACAUGUUAGAGAUAUUCGAGGACUUAUGAUUACAAUUCAGAUUAAGAAUAUCAGUCAAGUUUAUUAUUUAGAAUAAGUAAUCAAUAUUCAUUUUAAAGUCCAUUUAAUAGAUAUAAGUGCCAAAAGAAAAAAAAAUAAGACAAAAAGAAACAAAUAAAUACAUAGGGUCCAGCUUGCUAUAAAACUAUUAACGAUUAUUGUUAAAAGUAAUAAUAGAUGGAAUACAGUUUAAAAAAAUAGGAGAAAUCGUUCGAUAUGCUAUUUUUUAUGAUAUUGUGAUUUAUAUUUUAAAUUCUUUUAAAAUUAUAUAAAUCAUAUAAUUUCGUACAUAUUAAAAGUUUUAAUUCCUGCAAUAAUGAAAAUAAAUAUGAAGUCUUUGUAGAAUUUUUAAUAUUAUUAUGUUAUAUUUUUUAUAUAUAUAUAUAAACCAAAGAUCACAUUUGAUUGUUUCUGUAAGUUAUCUUACAUAAAUACAUUCUUAUCAAUAUCAAUAUGAAUAUCAAACACAGCCGCUAAUGCGUACUUUAAAGUAGAAAUUAUUUACGAUUUGUGCCUUUUUGAUAAUUGCUGACGUUAUACAUAAUUGAUUAUAAAAUUAACGUUUUAUGUAGUUUCAAAAGUGAUAUGUCAGCUUUUCCAAUUAAAAUUAUAAAAAUAAUUUUCAAAUAGUAGUAACAAAAAUAUUUAAGUAU